AAUCUGAGUGGAGGACGACAGGCGACAGGCGACAUUAUAAUCUGUCAAUCUGUCUCACGUCAAAGCCAAGAAAAACUCCCGCCAACUCCGCCUCACCGCCAACGACGCGUUACGGCCAUCCCCCCCAAACGCCUCAAUUCAGAGCUUGUACUGGCGAGCGAACACAGACAUAACAUUAACCUGCCUAACACUGCAGCUUCAACAACAACGACAAAAAAAAAUAAAAAGAAAAAAGAAAACAUAGACGCACGCACCUGCGGACAGUGGUAUUAAGAAAAGUCUCCUCGUCAAUCUCAGAAAAAAAAAAAAAAAGACAGAGAGAGAGAGAAGUAGAUACCGAGGGGGAGAGAGAGAGAGAGAGAGAGAGAGAGGUAGAUAGCGAGGGGGAGAGAGAGAGAGAGAGAGAGAGAGCCUCCUCUUGCAGCUUCCGGUGAAGACCGAAUAGAAAUAAGGAGAUGAAAGGUAAAGCGAAGAGAUCCAAAACAAAUCUAGGGUUACCAAUCGUCAUCCUCAUAUGCUUCCUUUUCUUCGUCGCCGGUUUCUUCGUUUCCGCGCUUUUCUCUCAGGAUGCGCCUAGAGUUAGACCGAGGUUGAGGACGCUUGAAUUGGUCGAGGAGAUUGAGCAGGAGGGGGAGCUGGGUUCGAUGCCACACGGCGACACCGGAGGAGCUUCUAUUGAAUCAAUUCCUUUUCAGGUUUUAAGUUGGAAACCACGAACUCUGUAUUUCCCAAAUUUUGCAACAGCCGAACAGUGUGAAACCAUAAUUAAGAUUGCAAAGACCAACCUAAAGCCAUCACUUUUGGCUUUGCGAAAGGGGGAAACUGCUGAGAGUACCAAGGGAACAAGGACAAGCUCAGGAACGUUUGUUAGUGCAUCCGAAGACGAAACUGGAGUCAUGGAUCUUAUUGAGCAAAAAAUAGCUCGUGCUACAAUGAUUCCAAGAACCCAUGGUGAGGCAUUCAACGUACUGAGGUAUGAACUUGGGCAGAAGUAUGAUUCUCACUAUGAUGCAUUCAACCCAGCUGAAUAUGGCCCACAACAGAGUCAAAGGGUUGCUUCUUUCUUGUUGUAUUUAUCCAAUGUAGAAGAAGGUGGAGAAACCAUGUUUCCUUUUGAGAAUGGCUCAAAUAUAGGUACAGGCUAUGAUUAUAAAAAAUGCGUAGGUUUAAAAGUGAAGCCACGCCAAGGGGAUGGCCUUCUAUUUUAUUCAGUGUUUUCAAAUGGAACAAUUGAUCGGACAUCUCUUCAUGGAAGCUGUCCGGUGAUCAAAGGUGAGAAAUGGGUGGCUACAAAGUGGUUGAGAGAUCAAGAACAAGACGACUAAAGUAUUAUUUUUGUUCAGCUUUCAUUUUUGUUUCAAAAAAUUUAAAUAUAAUGGUACGGAUUUUUUAAAAGGUAGGAGUUUGAAAUUGUUAAUCACCAUACGGUCUUAUCUGCUAGCUCUUCACAUAUACACCUUUUGCGUACCUAUUUUCUAACAAUGCCAGCCAUGGCCGAUUGAUGGAACAA